CGACUGGCGUCGCCCGUCGCCACGAAACAUGGAAAUUUUGUGAGUGGGAGUGGGCUGGGGGCACGGUGGUUGCGAGUGUUUUGGGCCGCGAAACCAACUCGAGCACGAUGAAACAACGGCUCCCGACCGCGUGAAAAGCCAGCGAAAACCCGUCGCCUGCUGUCCGAAUGUCCGGUGGCGUCAGGAAGCCAGCGCGUCGCCGUGUUCGGUUGCCAACUCGAGCGCCGCUUCCCUCGACGUUCCAAAGUGACCGCAACCACCGAAGGAACCUCACAUGGCAUGGGUGACGCCGACCCUCCUCCAAGAACCACGUCUCGCUAGUGAGCCGCCUUUAUUACAGGUAAUGCGAAAAGUGGAGAAUCUCAGUGCCACUGCCGUUCUCCGAUCUACUACCUCAUACGCUGUGCACUGUUAGCGUUGAAUCGUGGUGUUCCCCGAGACGACCGAAGAGGUCUCCCGACGCCCGGGCAGCGGAGAAGCUUGGUCCUCGUGUGGCCGGCCACCUCGUGCGAUGAUUCUGCCGUGCGACGUCGCCAGCAGCCAUGUCAGCAGCUCCUCCUCUUCGUCGUCCAUGCAUCCGUGCGCGGUGUCGUCGCUGAGCGCCCCGGUCGGGCCCAUCUUCGCCAGCAUGGACCACCAGCAGCAGUCGCCCGAGCAGCUGAUGGCGCAAUACGCGGCGCACGUGCUGCGCCAGCACCAGCAACAGGCCAAGCCGUACAGCCGGCGCACUCCUGCGGCCAAGCCGUACUCGUGCGAGCAGUGCGGCCGCGGCUUUAAGUACCUGCACACGUUGCGCUUCCACAUCAAAACGACGCACGACAGCGCGGCGCCCGCCGUGGAACCGCGCCUCUCGAGGCUCCGGAGGGACGCGCCGCCGGACCUGUCGUCGCCGGGGGGCGCCUUCUGCGGCGCCGAGCAGGCGACUGACGACAGCCGCGAGGAGGACCUCUCGGUCCCGCGGCCCGUCGAGGGCCGGUCCCAACCGGACUUGCCUCCGGAGUUUCCCCAGGACGCCGCGCCGGCCGACCCGCCGCCGGUCAAGAAAGAGGAGCUUCCCGAGAGCUACGGACCGGUCAAAUCCGAGUCCCAAGACGUGCCCACCACAACGUCGUGCGUGGGCAGCCUGUCACACAUGACGGCGGCCAAUCUGGGUUCGAGCCUGACUGCUGCAGGUCUGCCGUCCCCGUCUUCGCUGCUGGGCAUGGAUGCUUGGCGCAGCAUGAAGCUUCAGGCCGAGGUGCCACUGGCGAGCAAGGUCGACGUGAUAAACCCUCUGACGGAGCAGCAGUACACCCUGUACAAGUGUGGCAUCUGUGGCGAGACACAGCCGAGCUUGCGUGGCCUCUGUGACCACCUGCAGGCGCACACGCGUGCUGUCAAGGAGCAUCACUGCGACAAGUGUGGUGCCGUAUUCAAGUGGCGCAGCCAGCUCCUGGUCCACGAACAGGUGCACCAGGUUAUAGAGGGCAAGGCUGGCCUGCCACCACCCACGGGCCUGCCCGUGCUGAGCCCACUUCCGGAGGCACUCAUUGGUGAGCCACGAGUCUCGUUUGACCAGGCCCUUCAGCUUGGCGCAUUGGCGGGUCACUUUCUGCAGCCGGGCUCACUGCCCAACCUUGCCAUGGGCCUGCCACUCGGUAUGCCCCCGACGACCUCUGUGGCACCGUCCUCGACCUCCUCGGUGCCGGAGUUCACAUCACCACACUGUGCCGCACCGCCACCUCCACCUCCGCAACGUGGCCCCGGCAGCGGCAGCACCAAGGGUGGCUCGUCGUGCCCGUCAUCGAGCCAAGAAGCAGGCAUGCGACUGCCCUUCCAGUGCAGCUACUGCAGCAAGUCGUUCGACCGCAUCUUCUCACUGCAGCGCCACGAGCGCAUCCACACGGGUGUCAAGCCGUGCUACUGCAAAGCUUGCGGUCGUGGGUUCAGUGAGCGUCGCAACCUGCGCCAUCACAUCAUCCGUUUCCACUCGGACGUCAGCCAGCGGGACCAGUUGCGACGGCGCCGACGCGCGGCGGCCGCUAGGAGCCGCGCCGCGGCGGUGCCUGCCGGCGGCGGCGCCAACGGGGGCGCUGCUGCCAGUGGAGGAGACCCCGCCGACAAUCCGCAAGGCUCGCUCAAGCUGGUGUCCUUCCUGAAAAAGACAGCUGUGCGCAUCCUCAACUCGGUUGACCAGAGCAAGGAGGAUGAAGACGACGACGACCUGGAGGACAUGGAUGAUCUCGAGGACAAAGCUGACGGUGACUUGGACGAUGAGGAUGACUUGAGGGCUGGGGAUGAUGUUGGCUUUGCCGAGAAUGGAAGCCCAGAUGACUUCAAGGAAGACCACAGAAUGGAUGGCAGCAACCCCGAGCUGUCUGACGACGAAGGAGCUAGUCCAAUGGCAGCCGAGAUGCCCGUAGCACUUUGCACAAAAGACGGCGGGAGCCCUACUGGCUCGCUUGAAGCAGAUAGGAAGGCUGAUGAUGAAGAGGGCGAGGAGGACAAUAAAACCAUUAUCUAUCCCUUGGAGGCCAUGCCCAUGGCGACAGCACCUGUUGAACCGGCACAGGCGGAUGAAAAAAGUGGUGGCGAUGGUCCUUUGUCCUCGCAAGACUUGGACGCUAGUAAUGAAGAGCUGAGGCGGCCGGCCACAGGUAACAGGCGAAAGAAGGGAAGGCCAAUGCGCUAUGGUCCAGCAGUUGUGGAGACAAGUGAGGACUGCGGUAGUGACAAAGGAGCUGAAGAAGGUACUAGUGAAAUCAAGGAGAUGGGAUCUGAAACUGGUGAAGACAGAGUUGCUGAGGACGAAGUUAACCCAUAUACAAAGGAGGAAAUGGCAGCCUGGAUGCAGCUCGGCAAAGCGGCAGGAAGCAACAGUGCCAGCCGUGAAAAUGGGGAAGUCGGCAACCCUGACCCCGAUGGCAAGGCGGGCACGACGAGCCAUGGGCCAUUUCUCUCGGCAUACAACUCCAGGAUGGACAUGCCCGAAAGACCCAUGAGCCGAGAUGAAGCAUGCACCCCGCAAAUGGGGCCUGAUGGAAAGUUUGUCUACCCGUGUUCCUACUGUUACAAGACCUUCUCUUCUACCUCUGAUCUCAACAGGCACAUGGACUUCCAUGAGGGCAUCCGCCAGUUCCUGUGCCGCGCCUGCAGCUACCAUGCGGUGACGCAGUCCGAUCUCAGUCAGCACGAGAAGACACGGCAGCACCUGGUGCGACAGCAGAAUGCAUGCCCCAGUUGUGGCCUGGGUUUCAACUCCUCGGCCCAGCUCAGUGACCAUGCACUCAGCUGUGGCGCGGUCAGAGACCUGACGGCCAAGGUGCAGUCUUCGGAGGCCAACAACAAUGACCGCAGCUUUGAGAGCAGGAACGGAGACUUGCCGACACGGCUACCAGCGGACGACUCUGCCGCCGGCCACUCUUCGGGUGGUGGAAGUCGGCUGGAAAAGAGUUGCGUCCUCUUGAAGAAGAAGCUGCUUUGCUUCGAGGGGGCGCUGUGAGUGGCGACAUCAAAGAUCUCACUCCCUCUCCUCAGGCCUGCAGCCAUUGUCUGGCUUCUCCGACAAGUGAUAUUCGUAACGGGUCUACAUGCAGACAUUGAACAUCAAGACACACACACACACACACAAAUAACUGGAAUGCCGGUGAAUGACGUGCUUAUAUUGUUUUUCAUGGCUGUUUUAGUAUGAUGUGCAAGAGCACUGUGGCGACAUUCCAGGCUGACUACGGGAGUAUGUACUUUAGCUUAUCUCCUUUUUUUUUUUUUUUUUGCUUUGCAAGUCUGUGCUUUCCCCUGUUUUAGGGGAAGAUGGCCCAAGGAAUACCUAGGUGAAUUUCCUUUGCAUUAAUAUUUUUGUUGUUGCUGUUGUUGUUAUUGCCUAAUCAUUGGCUGGCAGCCUGCUGGCUAUCCCAAGUGGAAUGCGUCAUCAAUUCAAGUUCCUUGGUUGUUGGGUGUGAGUCUUGUGUGAUGCAAGAGCAGUGGGCUUUUGCUUGAGAGGCCCUCCUCGCUCACCCAUCUUGCUUGGGUGCCUGGCUUGUGCUAGAAAAAGCAUUUUUUGUUGGUUGUUUCACGAGUUGAUUGGUUACUUGUUACUUAAUGGUCUCAUUUAUGAGCGCUUUUCUUUCUCUCUGUGUGCAAUCUGUUGAAACUAAGUUGUGUUCCAGAUGAUUUCGUUUGCAUUGUCUUUUUUUGUUUGGAACAAUCCUCAAAACGGGCAAAAUGUGGCUCACCGCUGUGUUCUUCAUGUUGGUGAUGCUCAUUGUUGAGCGGUGGUGUUUAAUGCAUAUGCCACGUGCCAGAUGCGCAUGAAUACGGGUGUUUUUUCUCCUCAGAUUCCAGACGACUCAGGGCUUGUAGUGAUCUGAUGGGUAGAUGCCUCCUCUGUUCCAGCCGGGAACAAACCAAGUCUAGUUCGCUGAAAGUGCCAUGGGCACUGUGCAGUGAAUUAAAUGUCCAGACACGUAAAUGAGCACUUUUUCAAAACAUAUACGGGUGGAUUUGUGUGAUUUUCCCCCCUGCUUGUUUUUAUUUUGCACUGAACUGCAAGAUGUGUAACUAGUGUCAUUGUAACAGCCUGUUAUCUUAGAUAAAAAAUCUGUUUGCAAUAUAUAAGUGGUUGCGCGAAUUAAAGACUGUUGCGCAAUUGUUAUAAAUGUGCUUUGGCCAAGUACACUAAAAGAAAGCAAAAGAACUGUCAAUGUGAGUGUAUUUUAGUGUCUCUGCAAGGCAAUAAACAUGUCAAAGUAUAAGCUUUAUGCUGA